CCCACUACCACAAUGGUGGGGACACGGGAUGGAGCGGGGCAGAGAUGAAAGAAUGGGCAGAUAGUUGGAAAUCAAACUUUCUCCCCAGUAGAAGCAAACCUGUGGAGCCUGAACAAUGGAAAUAGUUGAUGAUAGUCUACUUGAAAAUGGAACCAAUAUUUCUGCUCUUUUUUGUGAUAUUAUCUUGGAAAAUGAUACAUUUUUCUGUGUGGAUGACUCGCCUCAUCCUGCUAAAGAUCUGCAUCAGACAGUUCGGAUUCUGCUGUAUUCCUUGAUAUUUUUGCUCAGUGUGUUGGGGAACAGUCUGGUAAUUACAGUGCUGAUAAGAAACAAAAGGAUGAGGACAGUCACUAAUAUAUUUCUGCUGUCACUGGCUGUCAGUGACCUGAUGCUUUGCCUUUUCUGCAUGCCAUUCACCCUCAUUCCUAACCUGCUGAAAGAUUUUAUCUUCGGUAGUGCUGUUUGUAAAACUGCCACCUACUUCAUGGGUGUCUCAGUCAGUGUAUCCACAUUCAACCUGGUUGCCAUAUCUUUGGAGAGAUACAGCGCCAUUUGCAAACCUUUACAGUCUAGGGUCUGGCAGACAAAAUCUCAUGCUUUGAAGGUGAUUGCUGCUACCUGGUGCAUCUCCUUUACCAUCAUGUCCCCAUACCCAAUAUACAGCAAACUGGUUCCUUUUACAAAACCGAACAACAGUACAGCUAACAUGUGUCGCCUGCUUUGGCCAAGCGAUGUCAUUCAGCAGUCCUGGUACACAUUUCUGCUACUCAUACUCUUUCUUAUACCUGGGAUUGUAAUGAUGAUUGCAUAUGGCUUAAUUUCCUUGGAGCUAUACAGAGGAAUUAAAUUUGAUGUCAGCCAGCACAAGUCUUCACGAGAAAGAAAAGCCAGCACUGGCAGUAACAAGUAUGAGGAUGGAGAUGGGUGCUACGUUCAGAAAAUAAAAAAGAAGAAAAAGAUGUCACUGCAACAGCUCUCCAGCACCAGCAGCACCAAAGUAGACAGGGCAAGAAGCAACACUUCAACAGCCAAUCUGAUGGCUAAGAAGCUCGUCAUCCGCAUGCUGAUGGUGAUAGUGAUGUUGUUUUUCCUUUGCUGGACUCCCAUCUUCAGUGUAAAUGCAUGGCGUGCAUUUGACACCGCUUCAGCAGACCAGCUUCUGUCAGGAGCUCCUAUCUCCUUUAUUCAUUUGCUGUCCUACACUUCUGCCUGUGUGAACCCCAUCAUCUAUUGCUUCAUGAACAAGCGCUUCCGCAUGGGUUUUCUAGCCACUUUCACCUGCUGUACUAAGCAAAAGCCCCCUGCAAUAAGAGGAGAGAUGGUUGAUGAAGAAGAGGGGAAGACCACAGGAGCUUCUCUCUCCAGGUGUUCUUACACACACAUGAAUGCCUCUGCUCCCCCAUGA